AUGGACAAUGUGUUGUUUAUUGUCAACGUCACCCUUAACGAUGAUGUGGUCAAGGGAAAUCGACCUUGCCAAAAUGUGGGCGGAAAGCCGGAGGACUCAGUUCGCAUUCUCUAUCAAUGGCAAUUCACGGUAAAAAGCCAACCCUCUCUCCUCUUUUUGCCACUAAACAACGAAGAAACGACCGAGUUUGCUGUCUCAGUGAGAGUCCAAAAAUGGAUUGAUGAAACAAAUUCUCUUUUUCUGAUCCCCGGACUUGACGGAUCGUCGAAUGGAGCCUUCAAUGCUCUUGUGAUGUCAAAUGAAAUUGCCACGUUUGUCGUUCAUCCAAAUCGAGCAGAACAACGUGUUUCUGACAAUAAACCUUUAUUGAUUGUACAAGCACAACACUCGUCUUGCAUUAAUACACCUAUGGGUAAAACGGAUUGUCCCCGUGACACAGAAUUCACUUUUCGUGCCGGUUCAUCACAUGGUUUAAACACAAAUCCGAGAGAGUUGUUGACCACUGAAAAUGGUGAAAUCGAUAUUUAUUCGACUAGUUCCUCGACAACUGUCUACACUAAUUCGUCAUGUGUUUUCUGUCUGAAAUUCGCCACAAACGGAGAAAUCACUCCCAGUUUGACUGGGAGUUCUGUGUGGAGUUCACCCUACUAUCCAUGGGUUUUCGAUGAAGGACUCGCAAAAGACUUCACUGGCAAUAACAGCACCUCCUAUUCAUUGCGUCUUUCAACGAGUUUUUACACAACUGAAUUAUUUAUUGAAGUUCAAAUGGUUUCGAUCGGAGAUCUGAAUCUCAUGAGUUAUCUGACAUCAAUGACCUUAUCGCGAACGAUCAUUUUAACGGAAGAGACACCGUCAUUCGCUAUCCACGGUGACCGAGUAUCGUUUAAUGGAAAGCCACUGCAACUACAGACGAUAGCAGUAGGAGCCAACAUAGGCACGGAUAUCCUGAUCGAUAUAAGUCGAAAUGAUUGUGAAGACAAGAGUUCCACUUUUUGUAUCGAUCCCACACCUUUCACUGUCGAUGGAGAACAAAUUGUGGAGUUUGAAAGUGGUUUUGGGGAGAGAAUAUGUACCUAUCCACAGUACAUGCUCAUUCCAACAAUACCAUCUGCCAAUUAUCAAGCUUCGGAGGAAUCAUUGAACUGUGAAAAAGAGACCCUUUUCAAAAGUUAUGCUGGCGGUGAUCCGGGCAACAAAAGGGACGAGAAGAAUCACCUCAUCGAUGAAAAAUUAAGCGAGUUGCGUGUUGUGUCCACCUCAUCGGCAACGACGAUUUUCACCGACGAGAGAUGUGCCUUUUCUUUACGUUACAUGAUGAAUGCGUGUAUUGGAAAUCAUUCAAAAAUUCCAUUAGAUGGGAUGGCCCUUUUGUCAACUUCUUUCUACCCAUGGAACUUCGAUCAUUCGGAUUUAUGGAAAAAUUCCACCGAUCCCUCGACUGAGAUCUACAACUCGAGCGCCGCAAAGGGCGCAUUUACUGUUGAAUUCACGAAAUUUUACGGAGUAAUCGUUUUUCUCCAAACUUUUCUGCAUGGUGAAGCCGAAUGCUCGAAUGUGUCAAAACCAAUUUUCAAUGAGAGUUAUUCAACGACGAAUCUACCCGAUCAGCCUCUUUAUUUUGAUGCAGCAUGUGUAAUUAUGUAUUGGUGGAGAAACGAUUUCAGCGAUGCGGGUUUUCUGGCAGUGGUCCGGGAGAUUCCAUCCUGUCAAUUCACCUAUCCGUUGAAUGCCGAUUCACCGACUCUAUCAUUUCAUGCUUAUAAGCUCUACUCACUUGCAGAAAACACAACAAUCUAUAAAGUUCUUCCAAAUGGAUUGCCCGAAGUGACAAUUGAGGUUUCCGAAAAAGAGAUUUGGGUCGUUUUGGCGUUUCGAGAAGAAGAAGAUGUUGUACACAUUUUCGAGAAAUUACAAUCUUCAAACGAAAGCAAUGGAAUCGAAUGUAAAUACGAUCUUUUCAUUUCGUCCCCACAAUCGACAACCGAAACAAAUGAAAGCCGUCGUUUUCUAUUCACUUUUUACGAAAAUCAUCCAUUCAUUGAACAAUAUCUCGAAAAUCGAAUUUACAGUUUAUUUAUUCCUGCCGGAUGUUCGCCAACAAUUGUCAUUUCAUCCACAGAAUUCAAACGAGUUAUCGAUCAAAACGUCUGUCAAGAGGGCAUUGUAAUGAUCGAUUCUCCGGGAUAUCUUGAUUCCUCGCAAUCUUUUGAUUUCAAUCGCGUUUUGACUCACAAUUUAGGCUGUGAUCAAGGCACAUUGGAUAUUCGUAUCGAAAUUGUUUCUCUAAAUGGUGGAAUUAUUUCAAUCGAUUUUCAGAGUGUCCAAAAUGAAACCCUACCGAACACAACG